AAAAGCAAGCACAAGACCCAAGGACCAGAAUCUGGAUAGUCAUCGAUUUGUCGUCGGCAAUGCUCCACACAGUUAUCUGCUUUAUCAUCUCUCGCAGCAAUUUUACCUUCGCUGCCAGUGCCACAUCUUUCACUUUUUAUUUUUCACACCUGUCUUGUCUGAAAGCACGGGAAUGCAAUUUUUAAUUGGCAACGAUACAUCAUCAUUUUCGCAAGGCCACACCUCCCAGGAGCAAAAGUCUAUGGGCGAGGAUCAGGCAGCGGUGGAUCUGAUGAUCCGUUUCCCAGGCGAGGGGAUGACGCCAUAGCACGGCCCACUAAUUUCCCUCUACCCCACUCCCCCUAACCCACCCCCUAAAAUACCUCUCUCUGCAUCCUUUUAUGAGUUCCAGCAAAACGUUUGCAAACACCCUCGGGAGACAAACACUGCUGGGGGGAAAGAUAACAUGGUAACCACUGGCAGCGGAUUUCUUUUUCUCCAUUCACAGUGCCACGGUGGGAUUGGUUUGACACCACAGCUUUGUGAAGUGUGUCUCAAUGAAAGACGGGAGCGCCUGGAGCGAUCGUUCACGGCCUGACACUUCUUGGAGCUCGAGGUCAUAGUGCAUGCUUGAACUUGUAAAUCCGUUUUUUCCAACAGUGAACUCUCGUGUGCGCAUGCACAUACAACGUCACAGAUAACGGAUCCCAACGUAUCUGCAGAAUCUUGGUUUCAAUACCUGUACAGGUCACAUCUAACAAUGCCACCCGGCUUCUUAAUCGUCGGAUGUCUCUUCUUGGCGACUUUGUGGGUGGGAACAUCUCGGAGCGGCGAGAUUCGCCCCAUCGCAAAUAUGACCCACAUCACCUGGCAACGCCCCGGUGACUUGACCCUGGGGGUCAUUCUCUCUCUCAGCGUCGCCGACCCACACACCUCCUGCGGCCGGAGGCUGCGCCGCCCGUCUGCUCUUCACCGCCUUGAGUCGCUGGUGUUUGCAGUAGAUGAGAUCAACAGGAGGACCGACCUCCUGCCAAACAUCACCCUCGGUUUCGUCAUCAUGGACGACUGCUCGCUGGAGACCGUGGCGCUGCUGAGGGCGCUGCACUUCAUCCAGAAGCCGCCCCCGCGAUUGCUGCCAGGUGGAGACAUGGAGGAAACAGGGGCUUUGCACACCUUCCGGUCUUUUCCGGUGGUAGGGGUGAUCGGGGCCGAGCUUAGCGCCAGCUCCAUGCAAAUGGCCAGCCUGCUGUCCCCUUUUCACAUACCACAGCUCAGCUACGCCUCCUCCAGCCCUCAUCUCAGUGACAAGCAGCGGUACAAGUUCUUUUCCCGCCUAGUACCGUCCGAUCGUCAGCAGGCGUUGCUGAUCACCGACAUCCUGGAGCAGUUCAACUGGACCUACCUGACCAUACUGUACUCCUACAGCGUCUACGGCCAGUCGGGGCUAAAGCAUCUCUUGUCCGCCUUAUCCGAAAAGAAGAAUUACUGCGUGGCCACGUCCAUCAUGAUCGAGAGCAACUUCAAAGACGAAGACUUCGACGCGGUCAUCGAAGACCUGCUGAAGAUCAAGCGCUCAAGGGUGGUGGUCAUCUUUGCUCUGGAAGGACUUUCCAUCCUACGGGCGGCUCAGCGCAAGGGGGUGAAAGGUGAUUUCGUGUGGAUAGCCAGCGACGCGGUUUUGCCGAACGUGCAGGACUUCAAGGGAAUCGAAGAUGCCUCCUUGGGCAUCCUGCUGGUGGGAUUCUCGUCCAACCCAGUUGCCAGGUUCGAGAACGCGUUAGAACACUACACGCUGAACUCUCGGACGGAGAACCCUUGGUUUCAUCUCUUCUACCAGCAAAUGUUUGACUGUUCUACGGAGCUGGAUUCUUCGCCAACGAACAGAACCUGCGACCGCGACUUGCCCAUCUCUGCGUCCCCCGCCUACGCUCGCAGCACCACCGUCUCGCGCGUCUUCGACGCAGUCUACGCCUAUGCGCAUGCGCUUCACGCGCUGACCAAAGACUGUCACCUGGCACCGCACGAGGCCAGCAGUUGUUUCACGAGCGAGCAGCUCUUCGAGACCUUAAGAUCCAACACAACCGCCUUUGUAGGUGAGAGCGAUGUUCCGGUCGGCUUCGAUUCUCUGGGGGACGGGCCACCGAUCUACCAGGUGAAAAAUCUUCGCGUGGACAAUGGCAAGUACAGUUUUGUGACCGUUGGGGAGUGGGAUGGCCGCUUCAGAUACUUUGACAAGGACCACAUUAUGUGGCAUCCUGGUCUGCUAGAGCCCGGAGACGAAACUCCCAAGUCGUACUGCAGCGAGCAGUGCGGGGUAGGGCAGCAGGCCAUGCGGUCGUGGCCAGUGUGCUGCUGGACAUGCGAGCCUUGCCGAGAGAACGAGCGCACAGUCGUGCGUGACGACCUUCCCAUCUGCCAGCUCUGCCCCAUCAACCCCGACACCGGCAACUUCACCUGGCCCGACGAGGCCACGCGCACGCGCUGCGACCCCAUCCCUCCGACCUUCACCUCCUUCCGCACGCUAGCGGCGUGGAUCCUGGUGCUGGACCUGCUGGUGCUGGCGCUGACCCUCACCUCCAGCGCCCUCUACGUGCGCCAGCGCGCCACGCGCCUCAUCAAGGCCAGCAGCCGGGAGCUUAGCGGCCUGAUGCUGGGCGGUCACGUGGUCGCCUGCCUGCUGGUGCCGGUCUUCGUGGUGGAGCCCUCGGCCGCCUCCUGUCUGCUGGGUCACACCGGCUUCCACCUCUGCCUGACGCUAGUCUACGCUCCGCUGCUGGUCAAGACCAACCGCAUCUACCGCAUCUUCAUGCUGGGGAGGAGAACGACGAAGAAGCCGCCUUUCGUCAGCUCGUUGGCACAGAUAAUCGCAUCUGUCACCAUCGUCGUGAUGCAUUUGGUGCUGGUCGUGGCCUGGGUAUCGACAGACCCACCCAGAGUCCUGACGCGCAUGCCCAACUUGAACCGGAAGUACGUUGAGCGUGUGUGCGAGGUGUCGGAGCGAGGCUUCAUCCUGUCCACCGUCUUCAACCUGCUGCUGAUGGCGGCGUGCGUCGUGCACUCCAUCUUCACGCGCCACCUGCCGGCGAACUUCAACGAGGCCAAGUUCAUCGCCUUCUGCAUCUACACCAUCGUGGUGCUGUGGCUGUCCUUCCUGCCCACCUACUUCGUGGUGGACACUAGCGAGGUGCGAACCCUGUGCUUGACCCUGGCGCUGCUGGUCAACGUCAUUUCCUGCCAGUGCUUCCUGUUCCUCACCAAGCUGUACGCCGUGUACCGGCUUCCGGUCUCCGCGCAGCACGUGCAGUCAGGGUCAUCAGAAUCAGACAAACGCACCGAGGCCACGUUCCUGAGGGAGCCGAACCACGCAGCCAUAGUGCCCUCGAAGCUGUGAAAAUCCUGUCCAAGAUAUUCACGUGACUAUGGUGGGUCAAUUAGCUGGUUGUUGUUUUCUUUACUGACGGCUGUGUCAGGGGAACCCAGUCGGGCUUACAGCCACGUGUCAUGUGCAGAGAGAAAUGACCUGAGCCGGAAAUGACCUGCAAACUGAAUUUACAACUUCAAGUCUCACUUUUUUGUUACUCCAAAAUGCGAGGACAGUUAUCUUCAGCGAAUCCCAAGUAAGCGUUGCAGAAUAAUUAGUGAAAAACAAAUGAGAAAUACUGGCUGUCGACAAACGAGUGAUUUGUGACAGCUACAAAGUAUUUUCCGUUAAAUUUUUAAUUAAUGCUGGUUGCUGUUUUACCAAAUCGUGGUAGCUUCAUCCGAGAGGUUCAGUGCCAGACAAUAACAAUGAAUGAACAGUUUCGGUGUCAUUAUCACAUCAAACGACUGCUCCGCUGACGAAUACAACUGAUUGGGAAAAAACCUCGGUUGUUAAGGGCACUGACAGCGGUCUACAAAUUUAUCAGAUGGAUUUCUGCUGUCGGAGCCUUUCAAGCGGCAUUAUGCCCUUUAUUAUAUUAUCCACGUUGACAUCAUUAGGUUAAUGAAGAUGUUAACUUGGAAAAUGCACUCGACAUACGUGUACAAAGACUAUUAGCCUGUGUAUGGAGUGCGAAAGACAAAUUCUUAUCAGCAUUUUUGGACUCGAUAUUGCGAGGUGUACUUUUUAUUUAUUGGGGUAACUAGAGGUUCAUGUAUAACUUUUUGAGGCACAUUUUGGGAAGAAUAACUGGUUUGUUUACGACCGACAAACACUCCGCUGAAACAUCUUCGUGUCUGAAAGUGAUUUUUGAAACUUUUCAUGGGCAUGCCACUCCCUCACCGUGAGGACAUUAACUGCAGCAGGGGGCCACACGAUUUUGCUGGCAAAAUCCAAUAUGCAGAAGUGGUGUUGCCCCUCCUCUUCAUCACAUCAUCGUCAUUGAUCGUGUUAUCAAUAAUUCCACUGGCAGCCUUUCCCGCUGAUGUGUAGUCCGCCAGAGGACAUGUUGAGAUCCGGGUUUUAUUUUUGAGACUAAAAAGCUAGACCACGGAUUGCUAGCAGGUAAUCAGUUCCGUCAUGUCAUUAACACUGUUUAUAACCACCAGCUGAUGUCUUGGCUCUUGGACUGUGUCUUCAUUUCCAUUUUAAGCGCACUGAGUUCACUUCCUAGAGCGGAGAACUGCGCUAGAAAAAGGCCAACACUGUAUUCUCGUCAUACACUUAUUAUUAUCUACAUCUGAGCGUUUCCAUUCACUUAUUCACAUAUUCAUAUCUGGAGUUUUUAACAAUUAUUUAACUCCUUACUCUGUUUGUGUGUAGUAUAUCCGUAUUUGUACUUUAAUGUUGUAUGUUGUGCAGAUCGUGUCAUCAGGCCGGAAGUUGCAUGUAUGAUGCUUUGAUAUUUCUUGCAGGAUAGUCAUCGAAACCUUUCUUCGUGCUAUCCACUCCCUCACCCACAUCCUUUUCUUCACUCUCUGCUUGCUCAAGUAGAGUAAAUGCGGGAGCACCAGGGGUUAUCGAAUAAAUCUUUUCGCCUCGGUUGUCUGCCAUAUUGCUUGAUACCCAUGAUCCUCUGCACGGAUGACGUCACCAUGCAUGCCCGCUUCUCGUGGCCUUGUUACCCUGCGAGAGCAGAAGAGUGUUACAGUGUUACAUGUGUAAUCCUUGAAAACAUUGCAGCAUGAGAAUCGCCCUGAAGAAUAUCCUAUCAUUAUUACUAAGCUCUGUUUUUACAAUUAUCGCUCAUCGACGACUGGUGGAGUGAUUUAUAGAAGGAAUAAAUAAAUUAAGGAAAAAAGAGGAGUCGAACUGAAACCUAAGUAACAGUACAGUG